UCGUCCAUAAUGUUGACAUUUUCGUGAAAGCUAUUUUGAAAAGUAAAAAACCGCCUAUGUUUCUGCACGAUUUCGUUACUUAAGCCAUUUACAAUGCCUGAUGUUGAUCAAUGGGUAGAAAUUGCAAAAGAAUGUAAAUAUUUACCAGAAAAUGAUUUGAAGAAACUAUGUGAGUUAGUAUGUGAUUUACUUCUGGAAGAAUCAAACAUUCAGCCUGUUUUCACUCCUGUUACUGUGUGUGGUGAUAUACAUGGCCAGUUUUAUGAUUUAGAAGAAUUAUUCAGGACUGGUGGACAAAUUCCUGAUACAAAUUAUAUUUUUCUGGGUGACUUUGUAGAUAGAGGAUAUUAUAGCCUUGAAACUUUCACCAGACUUUUAACUCUGAAAGCAAAAUGGCCUGACAAAAUAACUUUGUUGCGUGGGAACCACGAAAGUCGUCAAAUUACACAAGUUUAUGGUUUUUAUGAUGAAUGUCAAACAAAAUAUGGAAAUGUUAAUGCCUGGCGUUAUUGUUGUAAAGUCUUUGAUCUUCUCACCAUUGCUGCAAUCAUUGAUGAUCAAGUGUUAUGUGUUCAUGGAGGCCUUUCACCCUUAAUUAAAACUUUAGAUCAAAUUCGAGUAAUUAAAAGGAAUCAAGAAAUACCUCACAAAGGAGCCUUUUGUGAUUUAGUAUGGUCAGAUCCUGAAGAUGUCGAUACUUGGUCUGUUAGUCCCAGGGGUGCUGGCUGGCUGUUUGGUUCAAAAGUGACCCACGAGUUUAUGCACCUGAAUAACUUAAAUCUGAUCUGCAGAGCACAUCAACUGGUCCAUGAAGGAUACAAAUAUAUGUUUGAUGAUAAGUUGGUGACAGUAUGGUCAGCUCCUAAUUACUGUUAUAGGUGUGGCAAUAUAGCUGCUGUGCUGUCAUUCACAGAUGUUGAAACUCGGAAAGCUAAAUUAUUCAGUGCUGUACCAGAUUCAGAACGUGUCAUUCCACCCCGAGUUACAACUCCCUAUUUUUUAUAAUGAGUUUGGUGUACACAUCUUUUGUAUGAUAACAGCCGGCCGCAGUUAAUCCUAAAAGAAUGUAUGAUUUACUAUUUGGCUUAAGUAACAAUCUUCUUUUUAAAUUAAUCUUUUUCUGUAAAACUUUUCAUUUUUUUCAAGCAUACAAUUUCAAAAAAGUCGGAUAGUAGAUCAAUGAGAUAGUAGUCAUAAAUUAAAUAAACUUUUAAUAAGUUACUGAGAUGAAAAAUAUGUCUUAAAUUGAAUGAACUAUAAAUAUUUUUAUUGCUACACAUCACAUCACAUGCUAUGUUUUAUUCAUAAUCUUUGCUUUUAAUGGCUUUUUCACGUAACAAGGAAAGUUGAAAAAAAAAAAAAAAAGAGACUUUUGUAAAUAUAUGUUAAGAAACACAACAACAUUGAAUUUAAUGUUAUUACUAUUAAAUUAAAUAAAGUUUA